AUGGCUCCUGUUUUUAUUCUAGGCAAAGACAUCAAAUUUUCUACUUACAAAAAAGCUAUCAGGCUACGGUUGAUUCGUACCUAUACGGUACCCGAAGGUCGCAACAGUUCGGAUAGCAUCAAGAGCCAGGAAUGUGUCUUUCAUGAUUCUGAGGGUACAUACAUUCAUGGAAACAUCCCUAAAGAGUGUGUUGAAAAGUAUUCUAAACUUUUGAAAGAAGGGAAGGUUUAUGCCAUCAAAGAUUUUGCAGUUAUAUCCCACUACUACCAAUACAAAACUACUGAUCAUAGCUAUAUGAUCAGAUUUAGUCAUGAGACUACUGUUGAGAGGCACAGGCGCAAGGGGUUUCCCUUACUAAUGUUUCGGCUUAAGUCUUAUAUUGACUUAAUGAGUGGCAAUGUAUCUGAAAAGCAUCUCAUUGAUGUGAUUGGUAGAGUGGUGAAGUACUACACUCCCAAAGAGAUUCUUAUAGCUGGAUUUCCCUCCAAAUUGGUGGAUUUUCUCAUAGAAGAUGGUCAGGGCAAUCGUCUGAAGUGUACUGUCUGGGAUCAACAUGUGGAUACAACCAUGCAUUAUUUCAAGACUCAUGUGGAAGGUCCUUUGAUUGUUUUACUCCAACUCUGUCGAGCAAAGAAAGUGGAUAAUGAAUUCAGGAUUUCAAGCUCAUACAACGCUACACAACUAUGGUUUAAUCACCCUUGCAAGGAAUUCCAGGAAUUUAAAGACAGUUUGAAAGUUGAUACCAGGCCACCUCUAAGUGUACAGACUGUGUCUCACAUGUCUCAUGGCAAUGCUGCUGAGAAUUCAAAAACUCCUAUUAAAGUAACUACAAUUGAGGAUCUUUAUGAAAGAGCCGAGGAGGGCUACUACUGGGUUCCUGGAAGGAUUGUUGCUGUGGAGAGUACUACCAAUUGGUUUUACCAUUCAUGUAGAAGUGAGGGAUGCUUUAGGAAAUUGCACUUGAAGAAUGGGGCUUUGCAAUGCCUAAAAUGUGCCACAAGCUGGCAAGAGGGAAACUUAAGGUACAGGCUCACUGUGAGGGUAGGUGAUAAGACCACAGAUGCUCCUUUUCUGUUGUGGGACAAGGAGGGCUGCGAGAUAAUUGGAAAGACUGCAUUCGACCUAAGGAGCAAAUACUCAGUGGAUGGGUCUCCUCUGCCAACCGGUAUGGAAGAAGUCCGUAAUAAGGCUAUGGUCUUCAAGAUUUCUGCUAAGAGUGAUCACUUCAGGAACCGAGCAAUAGCGAUACCUGUGGUUGGAAUAGCACAGGAUGAAGAUUUAAUUGAUCACUACUGUCCCUGUUUAAGUGAUGAACAAGAUCAGCUAUCAAGGAUGUUAAAUGAAGAAGAACCAGAAGUCGAGUCUGAUGAGUCUGAAUCGGGUGAUGAGGCAACCAGUCCCAAUCCUAUUCAAGCUAAGAAGCAAAAGCUGGAUGAACAAGAUGAACCAUUGGAAGCAGUGUCAUCAAAAAGGAAUCUACUUGAUCAGUUUUUAUCAAGUAGAGAUGUUAAGAAAGCAAAAGCUGUUUUGGUUAAACAGGAGUAUGAACAAGCAGAUAUCAAGUGGCAGGCACAAGAAAUAGAUUUGCAAGAAACAUGA